AGCCAUGGAUUUGCACUGUGAGGCAGCCCCAGAGGCUGAGAAGGAGGAGAUGCUUUUCACAAGGCAUCUAAGGUCCUUACUUCCUUCUGCUGUCAGAGGUUUGAUUCGACAGAAGAAGUUCAACAUUAGAAAUACUUCCGGUAUGGCAGAAGGGCAUAAACAGGCAAACGUGGUGAUUCUGCACAAGUCCCUUGCUGACGACUUUGAGAAAUUCUGUCGGGCAAACAGAGGGCCUUUGCCCCUGUUGUAUAGGAGCCAACCAGGAGAACGGACGUGCCCUGCCUUGAGUGCUGAUUCAGACAUCAGAACUGACUGCCCGCAGUACAGGAAAUAUGAGUUUGGAGUCUGUACUGGCCAUCUGGCGAGCCUGGAGGAAUAUGCCGAGCAGCUCAAAGACAUGGUGACCUUCUAUUUGGGCUGUAGCUUCUCAUUCGAAAAGGCCAUCCAGGAGGCUGGGAUACCCAUUAGAAAUGUGGAACAGCAGUGCAACGUGAGCAUGUACAAGACAACUGUGCCAUGCUCCGCUGUUGCCAGCUUUUGCUGUCCUCUGGUGGUGACGAUGAGACCUAUUCCAAAGGAAAAAUUGGAGGCAGUUGUGCAGGCCACGUUUCUGAUGAGAGACUCCCAUGGAGAGCCUAUUCACAUUGGGAACCCUGCCAUGUUAGGGAUCCGUGAUCUUUCCCAUCCUGACUACGGGGACCUGGUCGUGUCCCAGCCAGAGGACGUUCCAGUGUUCUGGGCUUGCGGGGUGACAGGCCUGGAAGCCGUCAGCAGCUGCAUGUCUCCACUGGCUUUUACUCAUUCUCCGGGCUGUAUGUUUGUGACUGACCUGAAGGAUAAAGAGGUUUCAGUGAGUCCUCCCAGGGAAAUUCCAGAGGUCCACUGCAUUUCUCAGAACGCCUUGCACUACAGCAUCGCUUCAGCAUCAGCCGUAUGGAAGAUUAGGAAACUGGAGAGCAUUAUCGCCAUAGAUCCUGGAAACCGUGGGAUGAAACAUCUAUGCUGCAGGGAUGAGUUACUGAAGACCUCGCUGUCAAUGUCGCAUGCCCGCUCGGUGCUGAUCACUACUGGAUUCCCGACGCAUUUCAAACAUGACCCCCCGGAAGAGACAGAUGGCCCUCCAGGAGCCAUCGCGAUGGCUGCUAUCCUGCAGGCUUUGGAGAAGGAGGUGGCGCUGGUUGUUGACCAGAGGGCCCUGGACCUGCACAGGAAGAUCAUUGAAGAUGCUGUUCAGCAAGGUGUACUGAAGACUCCAGUUCCACUGAUGAGUUACAAGGGUGGGGAUGCAGAGUCAGCCCGGAUGUUUCUAUGCAAAGAUGGGGAUUGUGGUUCUCCCAGAUUCGAUCAUUUGGUGGCAAUAGAACGUUCAGGAAGGGCUGCCGAUGGCAACUAUUACAACGCAAGGAAGAUAAAUAUUAAGCAUCUGGUCGAUCCUAUCGAUGAUCUCUUUCUUGCUGCACAAGAGAUUCCUGGAAUCACAACAUCAGGUAUCGGAGAUGGAGGGAAUGAACUAGGCAUGGGGAAAGUUAAAGAAGCAGUGAAGAAGCACAUAAAGAAUGGUGAUGUCAUAGCGUGCGAUAUUGAAGCUGAUUUUGCCAUUACAGCUGGUGUGUCCAACUGGGGAGGCUAUGCAGUCGCCUGUUCCCUGUAUAUCCUGAACAUGGACGAGAUACAUGAGCGCUACCUGAGGAAAGCUAUCGGGCAGCCCAGUUUCUGCAAAGCUCCCGCCUGGACUCUGGCCCUGCCUUCCGUCUCAAAGGAAGAAAAGCUGCUGAAUAUCCUGGUCCAAUAUAAGGUGCGGAGCGGAGUAACAGGCAACUUGGGCCUGGAGGUGGAUGGGCUUCCCUUCUACAAUGCCCAUUCUGAGAUGAUUCAGAAGCUGGUGGACACCACUACUUUGACACUCAGCCCGGGGCACCCUUCAGGCAGCAUGACCUGAGCCCUCUCUCCCCUCCGCCCCCCUGGGCUGUGGCGGCUGGCUGUCAGAAGUCUUGUACCAAGGCUCAUGUUGUUAGACAGGGCAGUGGUCCUAAAGCCAGUCUCAGUGCCAGCUGUGCCGGAGGAGGGGAUGAAAACGGGAAUUUCCAGGGAAUGUCAAACUUCCCCUCAGCCUAGAACAAAGCCACCUAGUCAGUAGCAUGAAGAGUGAUGACUUGGCUUGUUUUCCUACCAGAGGUUCCUCCUGCAGGAAGUUUGGACAGCUUCAACAUUCAAUAUUCUAUGGGCCUGACAAUUUUUGGCAUCUAAUUACAAGCCUUCUGUACAAGGCUUCUGAUUUGAUCUUACCUUCCCACUAAAUCUUUUCAGGAGCUACAUUUGAGAAGCUGUGGACUGAUCUGAGUUACCUCCUGCCUACCCCACUGGGGGUGGGACAGGAAAUAGCCAAAAUUCAGGCAGUGAGAGGGAGGAAGAAUAGUUGCAAGCAGGAGGUAGGGGUGGAUCAGCUGCAGGUGGGGUAAUCAAGAGUUAACUGACUUUAUUAAGAAAUUUUUAAAAGCAAAUAAAAGUGUACUUACCAGAA